GAGCCGUUCGUUUCAAGUCGCUAUAGAUCAGAUGUGGUACGCUGAUAAAAAUUUCAUUCAUCUUCAACAUCUCUCACCAGUCCAAGCGAAACUGUGUGGUUUAGUGUUCUCUCGAUAAGAAACGAUACCUGUUUGAAUAUGUGUGCAAUGGUUAUGUUUGUGGUUUUGGUGUGGACGUGUGGAUGUUUGAAACUGACCUGCUGACAUGCGCGUUACGCACGUGGUUUGUGGGUAUUUGUCAUUUUCAUGUUUGCUAGACCGAUCUCGCGAUCGAGUGAUUUAAGUUUGUUUCUUGGUGUGACCAUUGAGCUGGUCUACGAUUUGCCGGUACCAUUAGUAUCAACGAACCGCUUCACGUGAAGCAACCUUUUCUCGAAAGCGAGCCAGCACUUAUUCCCCACUGCCAUUGUUUCCGAGCCGGUCGCACUGUACAUCGAUGGGGAGCCCUUUAACCUAACGGUUGAGCUAACGCGAACGUACAUUAGCGAAAAAAGAAGCGCAAAAGGUCGCGAAUUUCACGAACGGCGGGCGUGGAUGCACAAACGCAGCGAGUGUGUUGUCGAAAAAUCGAAUGUGUGUACGCUAUCUGUCAACGAACCUGUGUCUAAUGAGAUCUUGCACUAGAAAAGCACAAGCUACUUGCGGCUUGCUUGUGGUGCCGUGUUCGAAGCGAAAGGAGCACUAGGCGUGAGCUGAAAAAAGGUUUUAUUUAUCUGGUGGCGACUGCAGGGCGGUGAUGGCAAUACUCUUGAUACACUUGCGCCGCAUUCUGCUUCUGGUCACGGUCGUCUAUCUCGUGGGGGCGUUGGUACGGAAGUUGCUGUACGGUAAAACAGCCGCCAUACUGCGCUCUUCACGCUCCGUCGGUGGUUUCCUGUUUGCGAAGCGGCUCCACCUGCAGCCCUGGUUCUACAUCUACACGUUUUAUCUGUAUGUGCUGGUACAGAACGGAGCCGGCUGGAAUCAGCUGAAUUUGUUCGAUAACUUCUUCCGAUAAGCGAUGCGCGUAGCUUAUCCAGUUCGCCAACAGCUUGCUAUGUAACUUGCGCGCACGUUUCGCAUGCGAAGAGUCUGUCUGGCGUGUUGGUGUCCCCGUUGGCCAACCCCGGAGCAGUUAGCCGUAAGGUGUGCUGUGUGUUUCGCAUUUUCGUUGUUUGAAUGUGAUGUUUACUUAGAAGCGACAGGGAGCAGAGAACAGG